AUGGGUGCUCUUUUAUCCCUUCCGCUGCUGGCGGUGCCCAGUAUGGGCACGCUCAUCACCCUUGGGACGUCAUGCUGUGGAGCCGCGACCUGCUCUGCCGUCUGCAGUGCAUGUGGAAAGUUUCAGAACAGUAUGGCGACUCGAAUCGCAUACGCCUUUAUCCUCUUGGUCAACUCUAUCGUCUCCUGGAUCAUGCUUACUCCAUGGGCAAUGAAGAAAUUGCAACAUCUCACUCUCGAUUAUAUGGAAAUCCGAUGCGACGGGAAGGAGUGCUACGGAUGGGUCGCCGUCCAUCGCAUCAACUUCGGUCUCGCUCUGUUCCAUCUGAUCCUUGCCCUCUUACUUCUCGGUGUCAAAACAUCUCGAGAUAGCCGCGCCGCCCUCCAGAAUGGCUUUUGGGGUCCUAAGAUCAUCGUCUGGCUCGCGUUGGUGGUCAUGUCAUUUUUCAUCCCAGAACCCUUUUUCUUCGUCUAUGGCAAUUACAUCGCCUUCUUCUGCGCCAUGCUGUUCCUCCUACUGGGCUUGAUCUUACUGGUAGACCUGGCCCAUUCAUGGGCAGAGCUUUGUCUCCAGAAGAUCGAGGAUAGCGACUCGCGCCUAUGGCGUAGUCUCCUCAUCGGGUCGACUCUUGGCAUGUACGUGGCUUCGAUUGUCAUGACCAUUUUGAUGUACAUCUUCUUUGCCCGCAGUGGAUGCUCGAUGAAUCAGGCUGCCAUCACGAUCAACUUGAUCGUUUUCCUGAUCAUUUCAUUCGUCUCGGUUCAGCCCGCCGUCCAAGAAUCCAACCCGCGAGCGGGAUUGGCACAGGCUGCUAUGGUCACCGUAUACUGCACCUAUCUCACCCUUUCCGCUGUCUCGAUGGAGCCGGAUGACAACAACUGCAACCCCUUGAUCCGCUCUAGUGGCACGCGUACCGUGACUAUCAUCUUGGGUGCCAUUGUCACCAUGGCUACCAUUGCCUACACUACGACUCGCGCGGCUACUCAAGGCAUCGCUCUUGGGUCCAAGGGUGGUCACGACUAUAGUCAGCUGGGCACCGAAGAUAACGAGCAUGGACUGGUUACCCAGCAGCCCAACAACCGCCGCGAGAUGCGUGCAGAGGCUCUCCGGGCGGCCGUUGAGAGCGGCAGUCUGCCGGCCAGUGCUCUGGAUGAAAGUGACGACGAAGAUGAGUUUGAGACCAGUAGCAAAGAUGACGAACGUGGUUCAACUCAGUACAACUACUCUCUUUUCCAUGUUAUUUUCUUGUUGGCCACGACUUGGGUGGCUACCUUACUGGCACAAGGCCUAGACCUCGACACCACUAUGGACUUUGCGCCCGUCGGCCGGACCUAUUGGGCCAGCUGGGUGAAGAUUGUCAGCUCCUGGGUUUGCUAUGCGAUUUACCUGUGGACAUUGGUUGCGCCUGUUGUGCUGCCUGAUCGUUUUGCUGCUUGA